ACGGGGGAAGGAGGAAGAGUGGGGAAGAAGCACCAGCAGCUCAUCUCAUUUGUAUUGCCGGGGAUGGGCCAUGUAAACACGGAGCAGUGAGAACAUCAGCAGGAGGACCCAGAGAGAGAAAAGAACAUGGUCCCGAGGUGAAGAAGGAAUCUCUCUCUCUUCACCAUGAUUUAUUUAAUGCUGCUGUCAGCUCUGGCCGGAGCCCUGUGUGUCCUCCUGCUGCAGAUUUUAUUGCUGUAUCGGAACAAGCCCGAGCCGGUGCCCCGGCAUGUGCAGUACGUCAAGCCGGUGGUCGAGCCCUCGCUCAAGGACUACCUGAGUAGCGGGAAGGAACCUCCGGCCGAGAGCUGCCACUUUCUCAACGCCAUCUUCUUGUUUCUGUUCCGGGAGCUGAGGGACACCCCGAUCGUCCGGCACUGGCUGACCAAGAAGAUCAAGGUUGAGUUUGAGGAGUUGCUGCAGACCAAGACGGCGGGCCGCCUGCUCGAGGGCCUCAGCCUGCGCGACAUCUCCCUGGGCAACGCGCUGCCCGUCUUCAAGAGCGCGCGCCUGCUGCAGCCGGUCGUGGGCCCCAAUCCCGGCCCAGGCCCAGGCCCCGGCUCCGGCUCCGGCUCCCUGGAGGAGGAGGCCGCUGGAGGUGCCGCUGCCGCCGCCGCCGGGGGGAUACCCGAGGAGCUCAACUUCGAGCUGGAGCUCGAGUACAACGGCGGCUUCCACCUGGCCAUCGACGUGGACCUGGUCUUCGGCAAGUCGGCUUACCUCUUCGUCAAGAUGAGGAGGGUGGUGGGCCGCCUCAGGCUGCAGUUCACCCGCCGCCCUUUCACUCACUGGUCCUUCGCCUUCAUGGACGAACCUUUCAUCGACUUCGAGGUCAAGUCGCAGUUCGAGGGUCGGCCCAUGCCCCAGCUCACUACCAUCAUUGUCAACCAGCUCAAGAGAGUCAUCAAGCGCAAACAUACUUUACCCAACUACAAAAUCAGGUAUAAACCAUUUUUUCCAUACCAAGUCCAAACGGUAGAUGCAGCCAACUGCGAUCUUUACAUGCAAGAUGUGAAUAUUGUUGAAGGACGCCUAAAAGUCACAGUGGUCGAAUGCAGCAGGUUAUUUAUCCUGGGAUCAUAUGACCGAACCGAACACAUUCACUGUACCCUGGAGUUGAGCACCAAGAUUUGGAAGGAAAAACCUAGAAGCUCCAUCAAAACGGUUGAGCUAAUUAAGGGAAAUUCACAGAGCGUUGGACUGACUUUUCGCCAAAUCCAAGGCAGUGAUGGAGAUGCGGUACAUGUUAGUGUUGAAACUGUGACUCCUAACUCAUCAGCUGCAGCUGCUGACCUCCAGAAGGGAGAUCGUCUCAUUGCAAUUGGAGGCGUCAAGGUGACAUCCUCUGUGCAUGUUUUGAAGCUUAUCAAGCAAGCUGGUGACAAAGUAAUGGUUUACUAUGAGCGGCCUGUUGGUGGACAUCAGAAUCAACAAUGUAGUUCUCUCCAAGAUAACUUUGGCCAACUUGAGGACACAGGCUUCGGUUCACAGUUUGGUCCACAAACAUUUGAUGAUGAAGGAGUUUUAGACAGUACGGAUGCUAAAGACUUGGAUUCUGAAUUUGAAGAAUUAGUAUGCCCUGAAAUCAAGCCACCACCCAUAAUAAUAAAGGAGGAUUUUGCACCAAGUAAUCAAAGUCCGAAGCGCUCAGUAGUUACACUUGCUGCAAAACCUUUGGGAACCAUAUCUCCUAUUUUGAAUCGCAAGUUAAAUUUGGGCAAUUAUCAGAUUCCCCUGAAACCACAGCAAAAAGAUGUGGUUAAAUCUGUUCAGUCGAAGUGUCCAGAUACCCCUGAUGCACAACAGCCUAGUAAACCAGUAUCAGGAUCCACAAAUAAACCUCCUGUGCCUCCAAGACCCCAAAUUAAGCUUACUGUGGCUUCCUCUGAAACCCAAUACCAGCUUGAAUCCGGCGAUGUUGCUACCGAAAAACUUGACAAACCAAUUCCUUCCACCAACAGUGCAGAGCGAAAUGUGGAAAAGAGUAUAGGCAAAAUUGGGGACCAAAAUGAAGAUCCAUCACUACCCAAGUCCUCUAUAAAUAAACAAGAUUGCAAGGAGAAAGUUCCAGAAGCUACAAGCAAUAUGCGUGAAGGAGCAGAAGAUAACCAAAUCUGGGAAUCGUCAGAGGUCGUCUACCGCAAGAGGUUUGGAAAGUGGAACAAGGCCACAUGUGUUUUUGAGAUUGAAAGCCACCAUAAAUAUGUCAAUGUCGCAAUCUGGUGUAAAGAACCCUUUAAACCGGGUGGACUUAUUUGUUUAGGCCAUGCAAGUAUAAAACUUGAAGAGAUAGCAAUGGAAUGUCUUUCUACAGCCUCACUGGAGUAUCAGGCAACUUUCAGGCUAAGUGCUCCUGAACCAAAAGCUGCUGUCAGUAGGACUGCACUGCGAAAUCUAAGCACUCAUAAGGGAUUCAAUGAGAAACUGUGCUAUGGUGACAUUACAUUAAAUUUUACAUAUCUAAAAGAAGGUGAUACAGAAAACUCUAGUGUUCAAGUAGAAAAGGAAAAGGAAGAUAUUUUACAGGAGGAUAUUCCUACUUUCAGUAAGGAGGAUCUUAGUAAGUUAUGCACAGAGAAGAGGCAUAAUUUCCAAGAUACUCAGUUUCAGAACCCAACUUGGUGUGAUUACUGUAAAAAGAAAGUUUGGACCAAAGCAGCUUCUCAAUGCAUGAUAUGUGCAUUUGUUUGCCAUAAAAAGUGCCAGGACAAAUGUCUAGCAACAGAACCUCCCUUUUCAGUUGCACCAGAAAGAAGAGUUGACUUGGAAUCAAAGUCAUCCUUUAACAGAUCUACUGGAUUAACACGACAUAUCAUUAAUACUAGUUCACGCUUGCUGAACCUAAGGCCAGGGCCCAGAGCUCGCCUUGCUGACCCUGGUGUUGAUUUGGUAGAGCCAUCUCCAAAACACACUCCAAACACCUCUGACAAUGAAAGCAGUGACACAGAGACUUACAGUGCCAGCAGUCCUUCCAAAAGACAAGCUGCUAGCACGGGAACCAAGUUACCAGUUAAGAAAGAAGGUGGUCUAGAUGACAGUGUAUUUAUUGCUGUUAAAGAGAUUGGCCGGGAUCUGUAUCGAGGAUUACCAACAGAUGAACGCUGCCAAAAACUGGAAUUGAUGUUGGACAAGCUACAAAAUGAAAUAGACCAGGAACUAGAACACAAUUAUGCUUUAAUCAAGGAACAGAAGGAGAGCACAGAUCCGAGAAAGAAGUUGCUCCUGUCUGCUGCCCUUUCAAAGUCAGGUGAACGACUUCAAGCUCUCACGCUGCUUACCAUCCAUUAUAAAGCAGGGUACGAGGAUUUAGAAUUAAGUGAGACCGUAUCUUCAGAACAACAAACAAGAAAGGUCACAAAGCUUUCGGAUGACAUCUUAUCUAUAACAGCAGAUGAAAUUGACAUUGCCAGUCAGACAGAUGUGCAGUCAUUUAGUGAUGUAUCAAAUGAGCAAAUUAUUGAUGAUGCUGAAUCCCUUUCAUGAUUUCAUUUCAAUUUCCUGAUGAUUGUACUGAACCAAAUUUACUAUUUUGUUGAUUUCCCUCCUUGCUUCUGUGCAAUAAUGCAAAUGUUCUUCUGUCUUGUGAUUUUGACUUUUAAUGUGACUACAGUGUCAACAAACAACACAGCCAGUUCUAUGACUUGCUGUUCCCCCUUACAGAAGUUUUUUAGUAAGAUAUAUUUAAAUUAAUUCUUGCGGUGAUGGUACUCUGCAGAUGAGUCCACAAAUGUUGGGAAGAUGGAUUUGAAGUCUCUUUUGGGACCAGGUUUUAAAAUUUGAAUCAUGUCAUAAACCUGUAAUUCUUUAAGUUCACCUCUUUUUGUUCUUUGCAUAGAUAUUUCUUUGCCAAAUGUGUAUCAACAUAGCAAACUGUGUGGUGAGCUUUUGUGUCUAUUAAAGGUAUUUUAGUAAA